AUAGCGAAUUUCAGGAAAAGGGUUGGUUUUUGUUUCUGUGGAGAGGAAGUAGAGGAGGUUGAAGAGAAGAUGAUGCAGACGGAGCAGUCUCAGGAGGCGGCUCAGCCGCAGCAGCAGCAGCUGAUGUUGCAGAACUCCUCCGGAAGCCUCAGCUUCAGCAGCAACAUGUCGAGGGAGGACGAGGAGAUGUCAAGGUCGGCGCUUUCCACUUUCAGAGCCAAAGAGGAGGAGAUCGAGAGGAAGAAGAUGGAGGUCAGAGAGAAGGUUCAGGCUCAGUUGGGUCGUGUGGAAGAGGAGACCAAGCGUUUGGCCACUAUUCGUGAGGAGCUUGAAGGGCUCUCAGAUCCGAUGAGGAAGGAUGUUUCACAAGUUCGUAAGAAGAUCGAUGCAAUUAACAAAGAGUUAAAGCCACUAGGACAUACCUGCCAGAAGAAGGAAAAGGAAUACAGAGAUGCACUUGAGGCUUUCAAUGAAAAGAACAGAGAAAAAGUGCAGCUUAUCACAAAGCUAAUGGAGCUGGUGAGCGAAAGUGAGAAGACGAGGAUGAAGAAGCUGGAGGAGCUGAGCAAGAACAUAGAAUCUUUAAAGUGAAGAAAUAGCAGCCUAUGUGGGUAACUGAUGAUCUGAUUAGGUUUGUGUGAUGAUGUAUUUAAGGUGAGUUUUUUCAAUGCUUACAUAUAUGGGUGGUGAUUGGCAUUUGGUGUAAUUUCUAAGUUGGUUUGUUUCAUUAAUUAGUGUUUGUUAAAAACAUUUGGCUGAUUUAGGCAGGAAAAUACCCUUUAAAUUUAAACAGGUUUGUAACUAAAAGCAUCUGGCCUUGCAUUUUCCUUUAAAUUUAUCCAUGUAUCCAAACAUUGUACUACACUACUUCCUAGUGUAAUGUGGGGUUCUUUGAAUUUA